GGAAACACUUGGAAGAACAUUCAGCAAUUAAAGCCAUGUCUGAUGUGAACAUUAACGUCACCUGCGAAUGCAACCAUCGCCGAGGACUUCUCUACGCAGCUCGUCCCUGGGCUUGGGGGCGUCCUUGCCGUAGAUGCCGGAGGAUGAUGUCCAGGAGUAUUGUGGUGGUCCCCACUAAUGUUCCAACGACAACUACUACCACAACCACAGUCCCGAUUGCAGUAACCUCAUACUAGACAAAAAUAGUCCUAAAAUAAAAUA